CCCCUUUAGUACAGCACUCACUUUACCACUGAAAUCAGUACACAGUCACAUACCAAGGUGGAUCUAGAACAGAGUUGUCGGCAUCUCUCAGUAGAGUACACAGAGAUACCAACACCAACACCAACCACCACUUCUUAUGGCCAAUCUCUCUCCCACACUCCCAUCAGUACCUCUCCUCUUCUUUGCAAGAAUUUCAGGGCUCACAGUAGCACUGCUUGUUCUCUUCUGGGCUCUUGCCUUCAAAUCCAGCUUCCUCACUCACUCCCUUUCCCAACAAGACCUCAUCUAUGCAAUUCUUCAUCCUCUUUUGAUGGUCAUUGGAUUUAUCAUCUUAAGUGGAGAAGCAAUCUUGGUGCAUAGAUGGUUACCUGGGUCUAGGAGCUUGAAGAAAUCAGUGCACUUGUGUCUUCAAGGGGUGGCUUUGACUUCUGGGAUCUUUGGGAUUUGGACUAAAUUUCAGGGACAGAAUGGGAUUGUGGCUAAUUUCUAUAGCCUACAUUCAUGGAUGGGUUUGCUUUGUGUAUCCCUCUUUGGAGCUCAGUGGUUGAUGGGGUUCUUGAAUUUUUGGCACCGGGGAGAGGCGCGUUCAGCGAGGAUAAGGAUCUUACCUUGGCAUAUCUUCCUGGGACUAUACACUUAUGGAUUGGCAAUAGCAACUGCUGAAACUGGAUUGCUGGAGAAAUUGACAUUAUUACAAACAAAGAGAAAUGUACCUAAACACAGCACUGAGUCCAUUGUUGUUAAUAGCUUAGGUUUGGGUCUUGCCCUCCUAAGUUGCUUUGUUAUUUUGGCUGCUGUUUCACCUAAGUAUCAAUCAUCUCUUCAAAGCAAACUUUUGUACUUAGACACGAGGUGUUUGUCAUCUUAAUCAAUAAAACGCUACACUGGCUGAUUUGCCUUUUCUGAUCAAUAAAUUCAUAUGCCUUACAUUGUGGUCA